AUGGCUUCCGCUAAGUGCCCAAAUAUUCCUGUCGUGGACUUUGCUGGAUGGAACACGGAGUCCAGUCGUCAGCGAAUCGCGCAAGACAUCGUUGCUGCUUGCAAAAAAGUGGGAUUUGUAUACAUUGUCAAUCACUCACUGCCAGAGUCGAUGUUAGACGAGGCAUUCAACUGGUCGAAGCUAUUUUUCGAACUACCACAGGACGAGAAACUCAAAGCGCCCCAUCCAGAGGGAUGGGCGAUUCACAGAGGGUACUCUUGGCCUGGGUUAGAGAAGGUGUCGCAGGUGAUGAGUACGGGUGACGAUCAGGAAAGGGCAGACAAACUGAGGGAGAUUACAGACAUCAAAGAAAGCUAUGAUAUAGGAAGCGACGAGAACACCACGCAGCCUAAUCAGUGGCUGCCAGAAUGCAGUCUCCCCGGAUUCCGUGACUUUAUGCACCACUUCUACUGGGAGUGUUUCCGCAUCGGAGGGGAAAUUCUACAAGCGCUUGCUAUUGGCUUGGAGCUAGAUGAGAACCAUCUGCUUCAGAAACACUCGGGUCAUAAUAACCAACUUCGCCUACUACACUAUCCCCCUAUUCCGGCAGAAGCAAUUGAGACAGAGCGUGCAGCCAGAUGCCCCGCACAUACCGACUGGAGCUCGAUCACCUUGCUGUUUCAAGAUGAUUGUGGUGGGUUGGAAGUCGAGGAUGUUUCAUCACCGGGGACUUUUGUCUCUGCAACGCCUAUUAAGAAUGCGAUUGUGAUGAAUGUGGGGGAUCUUUUGCAGAGGUGGAGUAAUGAUCUUCUGAGGUCUACCAGCCAUCGAGUCACUCUGCCGCCUCUUCCAGAUAGAUUUGAAGGACAAGAUCGUAUGACCCGUAGACGAUUCUCUAUUCCGUAUUUUAUGGCACCGGAUCCUGACUCGGUGAUUGAAUGUAUUCCAUAUAUCGGAGGUGUUGCAAAGUAUGAGCCGAUCACACAGGCCGGAUACAACCAAAUGAGGGCCUCUAUGCACUAUUGA